CUCGAGAUGUAAUCGUAAAUGAAUGAUAAUCUGCUGUGUAGCAAAUUUUGUUUCAACAAUUAGGAAAUAUAAUGAAGACAUAAAUAACACGAAAGUUUCUAAAAGUAUACAGUUCUUCCGGAUCAACCUGUAGCUUUCACUCGGAGGUAACUGUGAAAUUCAGAAGCAGUAAUGGGAGACUACUCUUAUUUCACGGAUAGAGAGAGGACACACCUGAGGGAGGGAGCUGCAUCUUGGUGUGUGGAAGUGGCAUCAGGUGUACCAACUCCAGUGACACUCAUCAAUGGCUGUAGGAUAACCUGUGUCAAGGUACUGUUGUAAGAUGGGUUCAGGGGCCAGCUCCAGCAGCCCCCCAAUGAGCCCCGAUGGGUCCUUAGAGAGCAGCCCAAAAAGCCUUAAGGGGAGUACAUCCCACAGACAGUCAGACAACAAGAGAACAAAGCAAGAGGGUAACGGAGAAGAGAACAAAUCAUGUGUGGUGAGAACAAACCGUGUGGCACCAGUGAUCAUCAAGAACUGUAAGGAGGAGUUCCAGAACAUAGUGGAUCUGAAGGAGCCUAUCGUUAUGGGUAGUCUGGCUGUGGGCAUGAAGGAACACCCUCUCUUAAAGGGUAAAUACUUCCUUGUGAAGGACAGAAGUACCUGUGUUGACAAACUAAACACCUUGAAGAAGUUUCAGGCCCCCAAUGUUCGCCAGGCUAAGGGUUUUUCAGUACUGGGUAUGGGCCAGCCUUCACAGGAUGGCUUACUCUAUGUCAUCUGCAGUCUGCUGGAGGAUCGUCAGUCUGACAUUCUGGUGUUCAACCUGCGUGAGGAACCAGUAUUUCUUGUUCCUGAUGGCUCAGACAUGGUGUCCUACUCUCUAAGGGAUUCGGACAAUCUGCAAGAUUAUGUGCUCUCUGGCAAAACCCCUCAUGAGGCUGCUGAACAGGAAAUCAGUCUGAGAAAAAUGAUUAUAGACUUGGCAACUGUGAAUGAUGAGAACAAGUUUUACUUCUAUAACAACCUUGAGGAUCUGUCAAAUGAGCCGCAUGUGUUACCUGUCCAGUAUGAGGAUUACCUGUUGGUGUCAGAGGAAAUCUAUCAGAGACCUUGCUUCAACAAUGAACGGAUCAGGUACCAGAGGAUGUGUUUUCCUGCAGACGGUGCACCCUCCACAGAAGAUGUAGAUGCCUUUAUCAGUGUUUUCCGGGAAGUUCCGGAGUUCUUUCUGUGCAAGGAUAGUUCAAACCCAGCUUUGAUCUUCACAUGUCAUUCAGGAAUAGGGAGGAGCCAUGUUGGCAUGGUGAUGGGUUGUCUUAUGUUGGCACAUAUGUCAGGAUUUCCUCCAGAAACAAACAAGAAGGGGCCUUCCAUCAGUGAAAUGAAUCCAAACUUUGAGAGGGGAGAAUUUAUGGCUAUUUGUCAGUUGGUGCAAGCUUUACCUAAUGGGCUACUCAUUAAAAAUCAGGUUGACCUUGCUGUAGAUUCAUGUGCCGAGUUGUUGAAUCUGAGAACAAUCAUAGCAGAAACAAAAGCCAGCUUGGAGGGUAUAACAGAUGACUAUAUUGUUGAUGGUCAUAGUGCUAAAGGAUACCUGCUGGAUAAAUGCUGUCAGUACUUGGAUAGGUACUUUUUCCUGAUUUGCUUUAAUGCCUACCUCAGAGAGCAAUUUCAUGUGAUGUUUUGUUCGAGUUUCACAUCCUGGUUACACCACCACCCUGAGUUAAUACGCAUCAGGAGUCACCUAGACAGGACAGAGUGGAAGACACCUGUUGGUCUGAUCAGCUCAGGAGUGAGGUAUCUGGUAUCCGAUGAUUACAUAGGCUUAGAUGUCCUCAGCUCACAAAUGGAUGUACAAGUGUCCAACUUCCGUAAAGUCACAGGCCUACCUGUUUAUGGCAUGGCUCAGCCUAACAGAAAUGGCUUGUGUAAGGUGGUGAGUCACCUGUUAAGUAAGAAGCAGGGUCACCCUGUUGUAGUGCUGGUGAACCUGAGGGAUGAUGUGGUUGUUGACUGUGAUACAGAGACCUUCAGCGUGAGGGAUUCGACAGACUUGGAGGAGCCUGUCAUCAUGCAUGGUGUCACCAGGAAAGAUAUUGAGGAAAAAGAAGAAAAACUGAAAGAGGAAAUAGAGAAGAAGAACACUUUAUCGGUUUACAGGGAUAUUUCAAACCUGCCAGAGACAUUGCAGAUUGGCAGUAUACUAACCAGUAAAGACAUGGUGGAGCAACAAAAACUGCUGACCCCAGAAAUGCUGUAUUACAGAGUACCAAUGGAUGGGGAGAAGGCGCCGGAUGAACAGACGUUUGACCAGCUGAUGGACAUAAUGAAUGGGCUGAGGGAGGUGCACACAGAUGAGGAUGGGCCAGCUGUGGUGUUCUACUGUCGCACUGGGAAGAGCAGAACCACUACCGCCAUGGCACUCGCAGGGCUCAUUAUGUGUCACAAAAAGGGUUUUCCUUAUGGAGCAAAACUAGGAGAGCAGGAAAGAGUGUCGUGUCCGAAUGCUCAGUACACAAAAGGAGACUUCAUUGUGGUUCAGAAGUUGGUUCAUUUGCUGCCCAAUGGUCAUCAGGUCAAGCGAGAAGUGGACUUUAUCCUGGACAAGUGUUUUGAGACCAUGACCCCCAUGCAUUUCCACAUGAGAGAAGUCAUCUUUGUGACUUACAAUAAAAUGAAGAAAGCCAAGACUGAAGAGGAGAGGAAGCGCUUAAAGUGGAGGAGUCUGGACUAUCUGGAGCGGUAUAUAUACAUGAUUCUGUUCAAUGCCUACCUUCAUGCUGAGAGGUGGACCAGGUGGAAAAAACGCUUUAGUCAGUGGAUGAAACAGGUGGCCUCUAAAGCUGGAGUGUAUAAGAUACUGGAUAACCUGGCCUUCUAUGACUUCUCCCCUGUGCCUUGUGAGCUGAAGUCCAUGGCGGCACGCUGGUCAAACCGCAGACCCCAUGCUGCUGUCAGAGGAGUGUUCUCAUGAUCUGCUGCAUGUGUGUUGGUGGCCCAAAAUGUCACAGUGUUUGAUCUCAUGAUCUGCUACACAUGUACUGCAGGCCCAAAUUGUCAGUGUUUUAUAUCAUGAUCUGUUACACCUGUACUGCAGGCCCAAAAUGUCACAGUAUUUUAUAUCAUGAUUUGCUACACCUGCACUGCAGGGCCAAAAUGUCACAGUGUUUGAUAUCAUGAUCUGCUACACCUGCACUGCAGGCCCAAAAUGUCAGUGUUUUAUAUCAUGAUCUGCUACACUUGCACUGUAGGCCCAGAUUUUCACAGACUUUUAUAUCAUGAUCUGCUACACCUGCACUGCAGGCUCAAAACGUCACAAUGUCUUACAUCAUGAUCUGCUACACUUGCACUGUAGGUCCAAAUUGACACAUUGUUUUGUAUCACAAUCUGCUACACCUGCACUGAAGGCACAGAUCAUCGCAGUGUUUUGUAUCAUGAUGUACUACUUGUGUGUCAGACACCCAAACCGUCACAUUGUUUUAUAUGAUGAUCUGCUACACUUGCACUAGAAGCUCAAAUUUUCACAGUGGUUUAGACUCUGACAGCCACAUGAGUCCUCAUGUUUUAUUUCGUGAUCUGCUACACUUGCACUGCAGGCCCAGAUUGUCACAUUGUUUUAGACACUGACAGCCACAUGAAUCCUCAUCUACCUGUAACUCCUCUGUAUGAAGGAGGAAUUGUAGCAGAUGUCAUGGUCAUGUUUUUAGAUUAAGGUAUUACAUACAUCUGUGUAUUAUAUGAAGGGUCUUGCGAUAAUCAGCUUGGACUGCCCAUGUAUGGUUUAUGAGUGGUAUACGAAUGGUGCACUUAGAUUCAGAACUGUUCUCAUUGUUUCUUAGCUGUUGAACUUCUGGUCAGUGAUCUCUUGACAAUCAUUAUGUUGCAUGGAGAUGUGGAUAAAUGUGAGCUGACUUUGUUGGCUGCAGUAUAUGAAUAACAGUUAUCAUGUACAUGUAUCACAGUAUUGCACGAACAGUUUUUCCAGGUGUAUAAAGAUCCUUGUACAAACUGUAUAUAGUUGUCACAGAUCUAAUUUUCAAAGUUGUUGAGCGGAGAUGCCUUUUUUACCCCAUGUGAAUUCUAUUCAGGCUGUGUAUUGUUUUCAAACGUGUGUUUACACUUUUUGGCACACAUCCGAAAACAAUGGGAUUAAUGGGAGAUAUGGCUAGAUACUCAAUAGGUCCAAAUAGAGGAAACCUAAAAGAUGACUUAGACUUGGGCCACUUUGUUAAAGGUAGGAAGGAGUUUUACAAGUUUCUGAUUGUUUCAUCCCUGCAAUAUGGCGCAGUCAGUAUGAAGUAUCAUAAUAUUGAAACGUUACAGUUGGACGUCCAUUAUGACCCCUGUUUUUAUAUGUCUGUUUAUUAACAGGAUUGGUGUAAACCCCAUACUGAAGAAGCUCUCUCUUACACGAUAGCCGUCACGGUCCGCCUAACAUUAUGAUCAAGUAACUGCCAUGAUAACAUUUAUACAGUUCUGGUUGCCAUGGUAUUUAUAUUCAUGUAACACUAAAGGGCGUCGCGCAAGCGGGCCAAGAUUUGUAAGUAGAAUAUUUACUGAAUAUGUUGCAAACCUUUCAACUUGGUAGCAGCAAGAGGGAGGACAAAGCUUUAGCAUAAUGUGCCAGCAAAGUCUCCCUCUUUGAUAUUAGCAUUAAGCAUGCUUGUCAGAAAGUCUGCAUGGCUUGGUGUAAACAUUGUUUAUUACAGGGACCAAUUCAUGGUCAUUACGUUUUCCAUGGUCGUGGUCAUUUUUGCAAAACAGAAUUCAACAUGUGUCGACCAUGGAUAAACAAUUUCAGAUUUGUUAUUUAUGCCAUACAUAUUCAUCAGUUGCCUUAUAUAAAUUUAAUUUGUUAUCUUGCAAAGGCUUCCUUGAUUUUGACAGUCUACAUAAUUAUCAUUUCAUGUUUUUACUUCUGUUUAUGUGAACUCAGAGAUUUCAUUUAGAACUUUUUCGAGCUUCCUGACUGCAAAGUGUUGGAGGAAACAAAAAAUAAUUACAUCUGCUAACAGUGUGAAAAUGGUGAUUUCAGUUUGUUUCAGAUUUCAAUUAUAUUUCACCUGACUGGAAGUCAGUAUUCCAUGUCCAUUUCACUUGUCUAGCAUUGCUGCAUUAUAUAACUGUAUUAUGUAGGAAUGUUAUCAUUUUAGAUUUUCCAAACUAGAUGUUUUCUUUCAUACAAAAUUACUUUGUUUGUGCAAGAUUGCUUUGAGUUCCUUGUAUUUUUUUAUCGAUGGUGAAGAAGAAUCUCAUAGUUUCAUGGCAGCUAAGUUAGGUGAUUUUUCAAGUCAGCAUCCACAUUCUGGAAGAAUGUCCUUAAUGCCUGUAUCAUGUGUUUGAGAUCUGAGAUUAAACAAAGUCCAUUGUGAGAGUUGCUUAUAUACAUAGUUUUAUGAUGUGCAUAGUGCCCAAUGUUAUUUUUAUUCUUUAAUUGAAACGUUGUAGACAAAAUCUAGUCAUUGAAGGUUGAUUAUUUUCACAACCCGUCAUGCAUAUUCACAACUUACAUAUAUUUCCUAUGAAACUUACUUUAUAUAUAUAUAUAUUUGUGCUUGUUCAUAGGUUUAAUAUACUGUGAUAUGGAGUUCAAUUCAGAAUGUUUGAUACAACUCUUUCUUGUCAUGACUAUGUAA